GCGCAGAGCGCUUGGUGUGCGAUGUGCCUGUCAUCCGUUUAAGUUUGAUUUUGUUUUCAUUUUGGUGCAUGAUGUGUUUCGUUUGACGUUUUCAUGAUUGCGUUUCGUUUCGCGACCCUUGUCGCCAAAUAGUUUUUUUUUAUUUAUUUUUUUUGUUGACGAUCGCCAUGCCACAGCCGAUGGACCUCCUCCCCACUUCGCAGCAUUGUUUAGCCAGAGCACUAUACGACAAUAUUCCCGAUUCGCCUGAUGAGUUAGCUUUUCAAAAGGGCGAUACCUUGGUUGUCCUCGAACAGAACACCGCGAACAUCGAAGGAUGGUGGUUGUGUUCGCUCCGAGGAAGACAAGGUAUUUGUCCGGCCAACAGGCUUAGACUAAUUCCAGGAGUGUUCGAAGACUCCGGACAAUCGAGGGUGUGUUCACCUCAGUUCACGGAUAUUCACGGCGAACUCAAUUAUCUCCAAAGGCAAGGCAAAAGAAGAAGCUGGCACGUCCAUCCCAAUCAGGUGGUAACUCCAAAAAAAUUCAACGACGUUUACCUGUACGACAUGCCUCCUUCAAGAUGCUCCCCAAUUCCAGUUUCUGGACUGAGCCCGGGCCUGAGUCCGCGUGAUCAACCAAUCGGAAGCGACUGUUACGACGUGCCGCCCAGAGCCGUACCCGUAGGCAAUGAAAACUUUCGGAAUUGCCCUCGAUGUUCCCCGGCACCAUCUUGCGUUUCACCGAUAAGUCGAGAAUCGGGAGACGCAUACGACAUACCCAGACCACUGAAUCCCAACCAACUAACCCCAUCCAGUUCGGCGAGUUCCCUUACCACGGCGGAUUCACUUAGUUCCUCAAAUCGCAGCAGUCUGGCCAACAUGCCAGACUACGAUGUUCCUAGACCAUUGAAUCCGCUUAAUCACCACAGGGGGCCGCAAUUGGCCCUUUCUUCGUCUACGUACGAUGUCCCCCCGCAUCAGCAGCAACUGAAAGAAUUACCUUUAGAACUAUGUUCGGCAUUGGAAAAUUUGGAGAGGCUACAGACUGAUACGAUGAGUGCAAUUUCGAAACUGCUCGGGUUUGUCGCACCCAACUGGCGAGCGAGAGACAAAUUGGAAAACACCAGGCUGGAAAUCAAAUUGGCCGUCACGAGACUGAGGACGUCCCUUCACGAUCUGGCCGAGUUCGGCGAGGGCUCCUUGGGCAACGCAUCUAAAGCAUCCGAUAAAAAUCUGGUAGUGAAAUUAGCGCCCUUAGUAACCGCGCUCCGAAAGUCCGACUGUCUUGUACAAGAAGCGUCGGAAAAACUCGAACGACACAAAUGGUCAAUAGACCUCCUGUCUCGGCCCGAGAACGAGGAAAAAAAUUGCAAACCGGACGAGCUGGAGCAGUUGGUGGCUUGUUCGCGAGCGCUGACGGAAGACGUUCGGCAAAUCGCAUCGUUUAUACAAGGUAAUGGUACUCUUCUGUUCAAAAGGGAGCGACCGCCAAGUAACAACGGCUGGUUGGAAGAGUACGACUACGUAAGUUUAGACUCGAAGGAGAACAUAUCGAAGAGUCACACCCAAAUCAUAAACGACUUACCGAAAGAACUGAAAAAGGGUUACGACGUCUGCGUGAAACACGCCGACGACGUCGCGUUCGAUAACGACCCGAAAAGUUUAGGCUACGACGACAGACAGUUACUGACCUUUUUCGCAACCCAGGUGGUCACGCAUCACACAAAUUUAACCCAAGCGAUCGACGCGUUCUUGAAGACGGUCGAACACAACCAGCCUCCGAAAAUAUUCCUAGCCCAUGGCAAAUUCGUAGUCUUAAGUGCCCACAAAUUGGUCCAUAUCGGAGACACCGUUCACCGAAACGUUUCCUGCAAAGACAUCAAAGACAGAGCCUUGCACUGUGCCAACACCCUAUCCGAUGCUUUAGCCGCGAGUGUCAACAAAACGAAACAGGCUGCGUUACAGUUUCCUUCCGUGAGCGCAGUUCAAGAAAUGGUAGAUUCUAUCGUCGAUAUAUCUCAUUUGGCGCGAGACUUGAAAGUGUGUCUCGUACAAGCCGCUGUACCAUUAUAAGUUUCGCGACACCCCUCCCACUUAGGACUGAUUUGAUUUAAGUUUUCCGCCUUGUUUUCGUUGCUUACCAUGGUCUGUUUUUCACAUCUUUUUGAUUACCAGUAAAAGCUGACACUGUGAAAAUAGGGUAAAACGCCUAAAUGUGAAUCAAAGCCACUCCAAAAGUACUGCUUUUCUUAGCUUCAUCCUAACAGGAUAUCCGGCAUAUUGUUGCCUAACAGUGUAAAAUAUUUUUAUCAACCACUCUUGAAAAACCGAUCUACCACAAUUUUUGAAAUUAGCCCUUUUAAAUAUUUAAUUAUUAAAAAGAAACGGAAUAUUUAAACAUUUAGGAGCAAAAAUAAAACGAAACAGAACAUCUAAUUUUUCAUUACACACUGUAGAACUUUUAAAAUACGGACAAUCACUGCAGUGUUUUGGGCGGUAUUCGAGAAAAAAAAUAACUAAAAAGUAACUACAAUGUGUUUUUGAUGGACAGCGAUCACCCAAGGCUGAUUUGGUCAACGUUGCCAGUUUUUAAAAUUAAAUUGCCGCAGUAUGUAACCCUUUACUAAUCCAGAAUAUGACCUGCUCAAACCAAAAGAAGUAAACUAUUUUAAUACAAUAAUACAAAAUGUUGUUGAUUUCGAAAAAAAGAAUAAAAAUUAGCGGAACAAACCUCCAAUUUGUCAUCACUGUACUCUUUAAAUAUAUGUCGAGAACCUUUACGAAAAGUCACCGCAAAAGUUUGAAAGAAAAAAACAAAUUUAUCGAUUACUAAAUCAUGUCCCAACAAUUUCCAACAAUUAAUCCACCUUGCCAGUUUUUUUUUAAUAAAAUGGCGGUUUUAUGCAACGGUUCGAACCAAAAGUGGUAAACUAAGUUUUUGUGGAUGAUGUUUACAAAGGCGCAAAUAAUUUCAGUGACAUUAGUUCUGUUGAUUUCGAAAAUAGUUUAAUGGUGGUACCAAUUAUAAGUCAACUAAGUUUUAGUCAAAUUUAGCUAGUGUUUUGUUGAUUUCUUAAUCUACCUAAAAGCUGUAUUCUUAACUACCUAUUUAAAUUCUGAAUUGUUUUUUUUUAUUUCCGCUAGAAUUUAAGAUAUAUCUGGCAAAAUAAUAUUUUCGAAAAUUGCUGAAUAUUCCUCAUAUUUUUUCGUUGCUCUUUACUAUUUAAAAUGCGGUUUUUCGAAAGCUUUAGACUUGGGAAGCUUUCUUCUUAUUAAUUAGUUAACCCUUUAAAAUGAGAAAUUAAAAUCCCCAAAAAGUUCACAAAAAGGCCUCUGUUUAACGUUAAGUAUUCAAGUUGAUGAAAUUGAAUUAUAUUGACAAAACUUUGUUAAUUUUAGCUUCAGGAGGUCGUUUCUGGUUCUGCGUUUGCAAACGGGAAUAACAUUUUUUCUUUAUAUCUUUAUAUUUCUAAAUAUCGCAAUUUCCAAAAGAACUUUCGAAAAAAUUGUUAUCGUUUUUUUGAGAGUGGUUGUUUUUUUAACUUUCGGAGUUUUAACUGGUGAAUCAUUUGUAUCUGUCUCAUUCAAAACACACACCGUUUUUGAUAACGUCUUUGACUGUUCAAUACUUGCGAAUUUAUUUUACGAUGAUACGAAAGAGCUCGGGUAAAAUUCUCUAAAACAAUAAAGUUUGCGGAAGCAAGUACAGAUGUGAAAAACUAAAGCCACCGUUUUAUGUAAAAUGCACAAUCGUCGAAAUAUAUAUUCACUUCAUAUCUUGUUUUUGCCAAUUUGGAGACUCUUUAAAUUAUCAGAUUAUAAGUACUUACUAGCUUUAUUUAAUUUUUUAGGUUUUCUUUGUUUGUGAAUUUUUCUAUCGAAAAUUUUAUCCAGUAGUUUUUUUUUUAUUUUGUUAUUUAUUUUACUUUUCCUCUAUUGUAUUAUACUUUUAGUUUUAUUGUCGAGGACACAUAAAUAAAUAUAAGUUUUAUUAUUUGA